AUGUCACAUAGAGAAGUUGGACAACAUGGUAAUCAGCUCAAUCAAAAUGAGAUUUACAAUGCUUCACAUAUACCACAGCAUUCGGUUCGUAACCCACAACAAUGGCAAUUGAGGUAUGCACAAGAGUUUGUGCAGCCCGGUAGACAGACGACAUUCAUAGAACAGUUGGCUGCACAAUUCCGAUUAGGAUGUGCAUCAAACCAAUUUGUUGCUUCUCUUGAACAAAUGCAACGAUCGGGUGAAACUGUAGAGUGUGUAAUGCCAUUGUCAAAUGAGAAGACGAUAGUUGAGGACAACAAUGUGAGGUUGGAGGGUGACACUGCGACGGUUGAGUAUAAUACUGCAUUUGAUGAGGGAAAUGAAGAUUUGUUUGCUGACAGUGAAGAUAGAUUUGAUCACACUUCAGAUGAUGGGAUUGAACAAUCGCAAGAUGACAGUUCAGACGAUGACUGCCUUUAUGACAGUGACAUUCCAAUUUGCAAUAAUGUUAAAGGCGAAACAGAACCUGUUGAAGGUGUUGAUGUAGGAGAUGUUCAGUGUGAUGACCCCAUAUACAAUAAUCCCAUCGCUGGUGAGAACGGGAUUCGUUCCCUUGAUACAAUGCUCGAUGACAGUGAUCAGGAAAGGGGAAAUGCAGAGAUAUCUUGUACGUGGGACAAGGCAUGCAAGUUCAGUGUUUGUGCAACGAAGUUACCUGAUAGAGGAGAAUAUUGGAAAGUUCGGACAUUUCACAAAGUACACACCUGUACCGUUGAUGGUUUGCAAGGGCGAUUUCCAACUACGAGUGCGAAGAUGAUUAGUGAACUUAUGUUACACAAGAUUUGGGCUAAUGGAGUAGCAUUGAGACCUAAGGGCAUAAUUUGUGAGAUGAGGGUUCAGUGGGGAUUGAAAUGCUUGUAUGGUAAGGCUUGGCAAGCGAAGAAGUAUGCGAAGAGGCUUGUUUUCGGUCCACCGGAGGAGUCAUUUCAAUUACUACCAUCGUAUUUUUAUAUGUUGGAACAAGAAAAUCCUAGCAUAGUGACUGCAGUGGCUACUGAUGAGGAAGAAAGAUUCAAAUAUUAUUUCUGGUCAUACGGGGCUUGUAUUCGGGGGUUUAGGGAUGUAACGCGUCUUACAGUUGUAAUAGAUGCAACACAUCUGAAAGGCAGGUUCAAGGGUGUUCUGUUUGUCGCUAUAUGCAAAGAUGUGAAUGAGUGCGUAUAUCCAGUUACGUUUGGCAUCGGCCAUGUUAAGUACGAAGACUCGUGGACGUGGUUUCUUAGCAAGCUGCGUGAUGCAGUUGGUUGUCCUGAAAACACUAUGUUCAUUUCUGAUCAGCAUCUCGACAUUAAGAAAGCAAUCCAAAAUGCAUACCCAGAAGCUCACCAUGAUUUAUGCGGUUACCACUUAAAAAAAAACUUUAAAAACAAGUUCAAGCGCGACGAUGUUUGUAUGCUUUUCACCCUUGCUCGAGAUUGCUAUAAGGUGGUCAAUUUCAACAGACAUAUGAACCAGAUAUAG